GUAAAAACCACUGAGGCAAAGUUACCGUGAAGGGAUGGAACAAGGCACUAGGACCUAGGAGGCGUCUCAUCCACCCUGGCAGGAAUUUCUUGCUUGGAGCUCAGACAACAAAGGCAGAGUGAGCCUGGUUUUCUUUCUCUCAGCAUCUCCACCCUGCGCGCUGAAAACCGCUUCAGAUCUUUAGGGUUCACCAAACUAUGGAACUUGAUUUUGGACACUUUGACGAAAGAGACAAGGCGUCCAGAAACAUGCGAGGCUCACGUAUGAAUGGGUUGCCCAGCCCCACUCACAGUGCUCACUGUAGCUUCUACAGAACCAGGACCUUACAGGCACUGAGUAAUGAGAAGAAAGCCAAGAAGGUGCGUUUCUAUCGCAACGGGGACCGCUACUUCAAGGGGAUUGUAUAUGCCGUGUCCUCUGACCGCUUCAGAAGUUUUGAUGCUCUCCUGGCUGACCUGACCCGAUCCCUGUCUGACAACAUUAAUCUGCCUCAGGGAGUCCGUUACAUUUACACCAUCGACGGGUCGCGGAAGAUUGGGAGCAUGGAUGAGCUGGAGGAAGGGGAAAGUUAUGUCUGCUCAUCUGACAACUUCUUCAAGAAGGUAGAAUACACGAAGAAUGUCAAUCCCAACUGGUCUGUCAAUGUGAAGACAUCUGCCAACCAGAAAGCACCUCAGUCUCUGGCAAGCAGCAACAGCGCCCAGGCAAAGGAGAACAAAGAUUUUGUUCGUCCCAAGCUGGUAACCAUCAUCCGCAGUGGGGUGAAGCCCCGGAAGGCCGUCCGUGUGCUCCUGAACAAGAAGACUGCCCAUUCUUUUGAGCAAGUUCUCACUGAUAUCACUGAAGCUAUAAAACUGGAGACAGGAGUGGUCAAAAAGCUGUAUACCUUGGAUGGGAAACAGGUGACCUGUCUCCACGAUUUCUUUGGGGAUGAUGAUGUGUUUAUCGCCUGUGGUCCAGAAAAAUUCCGCUAUGCACAGGAUGACUUUUCUCUGGAUGAAAGCGAGUGCCGGGUGAUGAAAGGGAGCCCUGCAGCCGCCACAGGCAGUAAGUCAUCUCCCACCCCUCAGAAGAGCUCAGCAAAGAGUCCAGCCCCCAUGCGCCGGAGCAAGUCUCCAGCCGAUUCAGGUAACCAUCAAGAUGCAAAUGGGACCUCAAGCAGUCAGCUGUCUACACCCAAAUCAAAGCAGUCCCCGAUCUCCACACCUACCAGCCCAGGGAGCCUCCGUAAGCACAAGGACUUGUAUCUGCCUCUGUCUUUGGAUGACUCUGAUUCCCUUGGAGAUUCCAUGUAAAGCGACACGAAGCUAAACAUCCACGUUACAAGCUACGUUUAAGAUACAGUAGAGUACUUCUGCCAAAAUAAGCAGAUAGGUGACUGGUGCUUUCAAAUCAGAAAAUGGACACACAGUUAUAUGUCAUUUUUUUUCUGUGAUUUAUCCUCUGUGCCACAAAUCAACACCUACCAGUCUAUAGAGAUAGAGGGAUACCAUUCUUCUAAGUUACAGGGAUGCAAAAUUGCAAGCAAUUUGGGGCCAAUAUGCAAACGAUCCAGUGCAUUUCCCGUUGUCUUCUAUUAUUUCUUCUGCUACUGCAACUACGUAAUUUUUCUAUUGAUAAUAAAGUAGCUCCCCCGAAAGUGUGCAAAUAGAUCACUUGCUGACCAAUCUGCAAGCUUAGGUAGAGCAAAUGAUAUUCUCCACCUGUCCAAACUGCCAAUGUUUGCCAGCUCACCUGCUCCUCGUUUGCAGCCUUGGUUUUAGCACCUGCAUGCUGACUAGUAUUAUUCUUAUUCUUGGAGGGCAGGAAGGGAGAUUACUUGCUAGUUUGAUGCUUACUAUGCCAGCAGAAGCUUGGAUUAGAUUAGGAAUGAUUGCAUAAGAUACUAAGUAAGGUUAGUAAAAUAGUGAUUCAAAUACUGGGAUUUUUUUUUUCUUUUUAAUGAUUAAGCGAAAAAAAAAAAAGUAAGUCAGCUGAGUUAUCUGGAGUGGAGCACCUUUCGCAUGUGAUCCAAAGAUUCUGCUAGCUGGUAAGAAAUUUUUACACCUGCCCUAUGGUAUCUCUCUAUCUCUGUAACAGUAAUGCCUUGUGAACAGCCAACACUGAAAACACUGUGAAAAUUUGUUUUCAGGUUUGACACCCUACAGGUCACUUUUUAUAGCAAAAAAUCAAUACGCUUUUUAUAAAGGAAAACCUUUUAUCUGUGUUUUGGGAGUAAGGAUUCUAGCUCCUUCUUUUUUAUAAAAACUGCUAAUUUUCUUUUGUUUAAAAAACACAUUCAGAAAAAUCUACAAAAAAACCAACCAACUGCAGAACAGUAAUACCAACAAAUCAGUUUAGAAAUCUUGUCAUCACUGCCAAAAUAGACACAUGUAGGGGAAAAAAAAAAGGUCAGUUCAAAAUAUUGAAUGUUUUGAUAGUUUUUGUAAUGUUUAAGACUACAUAUUUGGUUUUUUACACUUCAGUAUUCCUAACUAUGGCCAGAUUCUCUACUUAUAUAACAAAUGGAAUUUUGUGGUGUUCAAAAACCCGUAUUUUAAGAAACUCUUCUAUCUGACAAAAACAAACUUAUUGUAUCUAGAGAAACCUUUUGCUUUUAUUAAUCAGUAAUGACUCCUACAGAAUGCAAAGUUCAUCUCUUCACGCAGGGCUGGUGGUUUUUACUACGCCGAAGCUUUGUCAUAGGCUAGCUGGCAUUGCCUCUUUUUCUCAUGGAGCAAACUUUCGAUGAAACUAAUUAUUAUAGAACUUUACCUAAACGAAAUCUGUGCAAUCAAAUCUUUCUUUGUUGCUCUAUUUGCCUUUGUUUCAACAUGCACACCCGUUCCCUAUUGCCUUGUAACCCCUUGUGACUAGAAUGCAUUAUAACAUUGUGAUGUUUGAUGCUACAUGAACACUGGGUUGUUCCCAAAGCCACUCCACGUUUUGUUUGCUUGCAUUACUGGUAUGAAACAAUCUGUGCAGGCUGCAUCUUUAGAGGUUCAUGUGAUGAUACAUAUAAUGCAACUUAAAAAAAGAGAGUUAUCUGAGAGAGGCCAGGAUUGGUAAUUAUCAAGGGGUCAGUUAUCAUGCACCAAAUUCACAUCCAGUAGUCUUAGUGCAUGAUCAUUUGCACCCAGAGUUUUGCACAAGAAAUCAUUUGUCCCCACAAAUAACUUAAUUUAAUUGAAUAACUCUCUGACUACGUGACUGCUAAAUGAUCGUUUCACCUAUUGUAUAUAGAAUCCUGGUUUUAGUUCAAAGGCUAAGGGCUCAUGUUGAAGGUUUGUUGGGGAAAGGAUGGGAGUCUGGACAAAGCAUAGGUGCAGUAGUCAGGACACCUUCAUUCAGCCCUUGGCAUUGCUAAAUUUAGUGUCUGAACGGGAGCAGGUCUCUUAGUAACCCUGUGCCUCAAUCUGUCUGUCUGUCCCUACAGGGACAAUACUGUUCUACCUCACUGGGGGUUGUGAGGCCAAAUGCUGGUGAACAUUUGUAAAGUGCUUUCAGAUCCUCUACAGAAGGUGCUGAAGUAUUUUGGGAGCAGAUUUGGUAAUGGGUGCUAGUUUUUGGCCGUUUGAUCCUGUGGGUGCUACUGGAGACACUAGUCAUGAGAAAAUAUGACUUUUUAAGCAUAGGAUGUUAAAGGCCAUGGUUAUGCUAACAAGAUUAUUCAUCAGAGCUUUUGUCUUAGUGAAAGCUUUAGUGGGACAGAUGACAUGCUUUUGUUCUCUCCCUUGUUCUGUUACUGGAAAUCUUAGAGUCCCUCCCUAAGUCUCUGCCUUUCCAGGGACCCUGACUAGUAGUCUAGUCUAGUAACAGACCCUGCCUGUUACAGAUUGAUGUACUUGGACUCUGGUCAAAGGUGUGGCACUUCAGUGACACAGACCAUUCCUGUCAUAGUCAGGGUAAGUAUGUCCUGCCACCUUUCCUCUGAGUCUCUGCUAAAACAAGAGACCAGCCUUGAAAUCACAUCUAGGUUGUCUUUCUAUUCAGUAUAGGACACUCACCACAGAUCCACCAGGAAAACCAAAUCUUUGAUAUCUAUAAGCAGACUGAACAGCUAGAGCUGAUGGUGGUAAGGAGUCUGAGAUGUGCUUUCAUCCAGUAUUCAUGAGUUCAGUUUGUAUAAGAUAAAGCAGGAUCCCAAGUGGUAAAUGAACCUUUGGAUGGAUGGUUGUUGAGGUAACUGUUGAGAAGCGGUUCCUUUCCUUCCUGCCACAAGUAGUGUUUGGUUAUUUGAAGAUGCUUUUCCUGGUGGAACAUGCUAAGGAAUCACUGAGGCCAUCUUCCUGAGCUGCACGUAGUGACACAUCUAAUAUCUGAUCCUACAAGUGCUCCCUUGGGAUUGGGGUUUUGUUUGCAUGAGGAUCAUCUUGGGGUGGGGCUGAGCCAAACAAUUCUGUCAGGGAAUUAGAGGGACCUUGAAAAGGCCUAAAAGAAGAAAAAAAAAUAGUUCAGUGGGAAAAAUAGCCAUUCAAACCAGUAGAAGCCACAAAGAAAACAGGGUAAGAGGUCAAACUCCCGAAUUUUAAAAAGCAAUUUUGUAGGUAGAAAUGCCUGGGCAGCAGGAGAAGUCAGUGAGCAUUUCAGCUGUAACAUAUAGUUAAUUCUGUAUUAAUACCAAUAUUGCAUGAGUUCUUGUACAGAAAUGCAUGUGGAAUGUUACCUACAUUCAAAACUAGUUAUCUUUGGCUUUGUAGAAUCCCUAAUAUAGAUUUGAAUACAAAGAGAAACAAUGCACAGGCAUCGUACCUUAGUCAUUUAAAUAUAGGGACAGCCCUAAUCAGGAAAGAACUUAAAGACAUGCUUAAAUUUUAGCACGUGCUUUACUCCUGUUGAUUUUUCACGAGAUAUAAGCUUGGGUUUGGUCAGAAAGCUUUCCUGAGUUGGAAUUAUAAUUAAUUACUUUCAAUAUACUAUAAUAAUUCCAGACCCUAUGAGAUCCUGGAGCAGAUGAUAGUAAUUCACUAUAUACUCCGGAGUUUACCUUUUAUAUUUUUUUUCUACUUUUACAAGCACAUAAAACUUCACAGGAUAUGAGGAUUUGCCAUAUUAAUUCUGCUAUAAAAACCCUGUCUAAUUUCCCUCAUGAGGCUGCCUUUAGUGUUUUCAGAGACUAAUUGAAUCACUAAGACUAUAUUGUUCUAAAACAAUACAGUAUUUAAAAACAAAUUGGAGAGACUCUUAAAGUAGUAGAGCUUUUUUUCUUUGAAAUUUGCCUUUAUUCAGUAUCCAGUAUAUUUUAGCAAAUUUGCAUAUACAGUAAAAAUACCUGUUUAAGACAUGCAAUCACUAGGAAGGAAUUAGAGCAAUCCUCCAAGCAUAGGCUGUUGUAUUCAUACAUUUCAGUGAUGGUCUUGACUGUAGAAGAUCAGGGCAAUGCAGCAAAAUCUUCAGCCUUAGGAUUUUUGUCACUUGUAAAGCAUUUAUAAUCCUGAAGUUUCUGAGUUAAAUCCUCAUCUGUUAUAAGAUUUGGAGCUAGUUCAGUUCCAUUAGCUAAAUAGCCAGCCAAGACUCUACAACUCGAAGUAAUUUUGAAAGAGUUUGGUAAUGGGAUUUUAUGUUGGUCCAUUCUGCAGUGGGAGAUGGAAGUAGCUUUUGCCUAUCAUUACCUGUGUUUCUAUAUCUGCAUAUUAUUUACAAUCUUCUCAGGAGCUAGAAACACUAAUUGUGUUAUUUUCAUAGACAACAGAAAAAUAAUUCUGCUUAGAAAACUUCCAUAUCUUUCUUUCAUGCUUAGCUAACACGCACAUAUGCAUGCAAAAAACCAAACACACAGUCUAGCUGUUCUUUUCCUCUCAUUUGCCUGAACAGUGAAAAAAGGGAGGUAGGACCAAAAAUUGUGGCAAACAGCAAAACAAUGUUACACCCAGGCAUUUUUAAUAGGAAAUAAUGGCAUAAAAGUGUUAGCUUCUCCUUACCCAUAUAGAUACUGAUGACAUUUUCUAGGAUGCCACAGGUUUGGUUUUCCAUGCCCUUGAGGUCAGUGCUGGUCAUCUUGCUACUUUGCAGAACACCUUGUGAAAUUGCUCCGUAAUGCCAUGCCGAAUCCCUACACAGAUGCUGUUCCAGCAACAGCCACCCCUGGAAGUUGCAUCCUUUCUGCAGGGGCAAAGUAUGGACUUUAUGAUAGGUGACAUCUUCAUUGCAGGGAGAGCAUGAGUGUAUUUUGUCAUUGACUUCAGGGGUACCCCUCAUCCAUUCAAGGCAAUUGGGAGAGUUUUCUUUUGCUACAGUAAAGGCAGAAUCAUUUUUAGAGAAAGGAAGAAAAAACAGCCAUGUAAAGUACAUAUAACAUUAGUCCAGAAAGUGUCUCCUCAAGCUAAGACAAUCCAAAACUAGAGAAAAGAUAUCUAGAAAUGCGUUUACCACACAUGAGGUGCUGGUUGUGACCAAGACAGAACAAAACAGCUUCUUUUUUCUAGUGUUGAUUUAGGCUCAAAGUUAUUUUUCUGGUUGCUGAUGGAAGUAGGCUGGAACAGUAUGUGGGACUGGUGAGGUUCUUUGUAGAAGCAAAUGGAUGGCACAAGAUGAAGAUCUUUUUCUGUCUAUCUCAAUAAAGAGCGAUGUCAGUCUAUACAGCAGGAUUAAUGCUUUACACAAGAUCCUAGAAGAGAUCCAGCUGAACACCACUUUGGUGUAAUAAGACCAAGAAGGUUAAGACUUCAAGUGCCUUCCAACAUGCUUUGGGCUUCAGAAGCAGGACUACACAUGUGCCCAGCAAGGCCUAAGUAAAAAUGGCCUUGACAAAGGGGGACAGGACAGACCUUGAUUCUUGAGGUCUUUAGCCCAUCUCGCAUUUAUUCAACCAGCUGUUGAAAAUUACUGUCUCCGGAAUCAUAGUUUUCUUGUGGUUCAUGCCUCUGUCCCAUCUGUAUGAAUCUGAGCAGGCCUCUCCAUGAUAUCUCAGGAAAUGUUAAAGCUGAGUCUUGUGUGUCAUGGUGCAGCCACUCCUCACUGAUUGCAGAGUGAACUGGGCUGAGUUCUGCUGCAUUGGUUAUCGAUUCUGUUGUUAGAUAUUCUUCACCCUCAUUCUUUUCUCCUGGCUUAAGAUCUGGUGUCUCUCAUUCUGGGUGCCUCCAGGUGAAAGGCUGGGGCCAACAAUGUGUAUAGACCCCUCGUUUUGUUUCCUCUGGAACAGAUCUAAUCAUUUGAUGUUUGUCUGAAGGUCUGACAAAAAGACAUGUUUUAAUAGGGAGAGAGGAGAUGCUUAUGGAUUAUAAAUGGGUGGAUGAAAAGGCUUUUUUGCAGUAAUGCCAUUGCAUAGCUGCUCUGACAGAACCCCAGUUGCAGGGUAGGGUAUGAGUACUACAUCUACAGGUGAAAAUGUGGAGCUUUGGGCUCACAGACCACCCUUAGGACACUCUGUUUAGAGAAAGCUAAAAACACUAAUACCAGUUUUCGGCCAAUAGAUGAGGUUCUGAGCAAAUGAGAAUCAAAUCUAGUGGAGUCAGCAGCAGGAUUCCAGAGCCAUUGGGAUUUCAGAGCUACUGGUCUUUGGCAUAACUGUGGACAGAUCAGUUCUCCUUUUGCCAUGGUGUCCCAAUGCAGAAAGAGUUGAUCACAAUACUGACCUCCAUCUGUAAGCUGCUACAAAGAGCAACUGAAGAGCUUGCUCUUAAGAUCUAUUCAUUACUUAGCGAAGUCUGAAAACCUCAUAGAACCUUAUAAAACUAUCGUCCAUUGUCUCUGGCAAGUCUUUUCAGGAACUCUGACUCUCAAACUAUGCUGUAAAAAUGCUUUUUAUUUUACUAAUGGUGAAAAUCAGACACAUCAUUUUUAAUUCUCCCCAAACCCAUGGAGGAGCCUGCAGCAUCCCUUGAGAGCAAGGCCAUACCCACAUUCAGCAACCCAAUUCUCUCAUCUGGACCACCUCUGGCCUGAAUACAGAUCCCUGCUGCCCCUCUUCUUGUUACAUGUACCUGGACAUAUCGAGGGCAAUUCAUGUUACCAUUCAAAAUGUGGGCCCUGUACUUGUAAAUGAUGAAUAAGUCUAAUGAUUUCAGUGGUCUUCUACCAAGAAAACAGUGGGCCUGUUGUUGAAAGCCUUCUUGUUUAGAAAGUGUUCAUGGCCAGAUGGCGUCAUGGGAAAGCGUUGCCUUUCAAUCUCAUUGCUUAAUGCACUUAGUUGAACUAACCUAUUCUGUCUCUUGCUCUGUAUCUCAAUGAACUGUAACUCGGGACUCUCGAGUCAGUUUAGAGCUUCCCAAGGUCUGGCAGUUUAUCACUUGACCAACUGAAGAAGGAGGAUACCCAAAGGGAAUUAACAAAUCUUUGCAGUAAUUAGAGUCCGUCAGCUGAAAAAAGAAAGUUGGCAUCAUUAGAGAAAGAUGCCAUGAUGGCCAGUGUCAUGGGAAACAAAGAAAAAAGGCUUGUUUCUAAGAGGAAUGGUAGGGGGCAUUUGUUAAGGGGUAUUUAGUGAGUGAUGAAAUGAGCUUAAACUUCACAGAAAAUCAAAUGGAAGGGAGAGCAUGAGGUGUCAGUGCCAUUGAUGUGUAGGAGUAAUAAAAGACAAAAGCCAAGAAAUUCCAGGGACAAACAAAAGUGGAGCCUGGGGGUAGCUGAUGAUCUACAGCUUGGUUCUGGACAGAAAAGCAGCAGGAGUUCCUGGCAGCAUGUUGAAAAAGUUAUUGCCCCUGCAGGUAUUUAAGCCAGCACACAGGCUGUGUGUCCCAUUCCUGAUGGCAGACAGAAGGUCACACUUGGCAGCAGGCAGGAGAACUUGGUUUGAAGUUCCUCUCCUGCUCCUGUUUUACUCUCCUGCCAGCAUAUGCCAUCCUAAAAUGGGGAAGGGAAUAUCCAACCUUCUGCUGAAUGACAGCACCAACCUGUGAUUUGGUUUUAUUUUUAUUCCUGCCUAUCAGAUCAGAAACAGAAAUUCAUCAGUAUGCCCUGGCUUGGAGAAGAACAGGUCUGGCACACUGGGGAAUUGCAAGACAUGUGCAAGAGAGCAAUAAGGGCACCUCUGAACCUCCCAUCCCUUUCCCAUGGAGCUCAGCAAACUCUGGAAAAAGUAGCAACCCGCUUGCGCCAGGGUGAAAAGCCAAGACAAACUCUUGGAGGAGGUUAUCUUGAUUUGCUGAGCAAGCAGAGGGGCUGAUGAUGAUCUUGCCCAUGAAAUGCCCAGCCACAUACGUGAGAGCUGCUGCAUUCAAUAAGUCAAUGGGAAGUCCAUGCUGAACACGAAGAUCUCUCUUUAACACCAGUUUUCUCAUGAGAUUUUUUUUCAAAAUCAGUUGAGUUACAGUGCUUGUGAAUUUAAUCCUAAAAGGAAAAACAACUGACUUAUCUGAACACAUUUUUUGUUGUUCAGUCUCAGAUUUUUUUUUUUUUGGCAUAAAGAUUUCACCUCUUUGUUUCCGUAGAUUCUAGAUGUUCAAUAUAACACAAGCGAAACCCAAUACACCGAAUUCUCUGCUGCUUUAAACUGGCAGAAACUCCUCUGUAAUUAAGGGAGCUGAAUCCAUUUGGUCCAAGGUUGGUCUCCUAUUUCAAAGAUUGAUUACUGUCAAUAAUUCUUGUGUGACUGAUUACUUAAGUGUAGAUUCAGUUUCCUGGGUGACAGCUGCAGACUAUGCAGAGAAAACCUCAUUGACCCCAGUUGUAAGGUGAUCUCUAGUAUGAACCUCUAAUAGCAAGUUAUAUAUGGGAGAUAUUUUGUAUAGUUUUAUUACAGAUAAUGAUAAAACUGAAAUAGUUUUCUUUGAAAUAUCUUAAAACUUUUAGAAUUGAGAAUUAAACAAGGAAACUUAGCAGAUCAGGGUCUCUAAAUUUUCUGGCUCUAAAGAGUGUUGGCUUUAUUUCACUUUAUUCUCACUUCAGUCUACCAAUAGACAGGCCCUGAGCCCAGCAUGUUUAUGGAAGUAGAAGUAGCAUUUCUCUUUCUUCCAGUAUUUUUCUACUCUAGCCCCAGCUAGUACCAAGAAGAAUAGAGAUUUAUGGUUGGCUUCUUUUUUAGAGAAAAAUGUUACCAAAUGUCUCUGAACAUAAAAAGGAAGGUUCAGUUCAUUUUAGGUGACUCAUCUAAACUCAAAGCUGCUUUUGAUUUUUAUCCAAGAUGGUUCUUCCAUCUCUAUUUGCAACAGUUAUACAUAGGAAGUAAAGAUUAAUUUGAGUCACGUUUGAACAGCAGGGUUGUUGCAGAGCAAAGUGAUUCACCUGGCACAUGCAGUCAGAAUAAAACACGUUGGUGACACUUGGUCAGGGUGGACCUGAACCAAACCUGGUUCUGAACCCCGAAGUUUCUGAGAAACCCAGGUGCAGAGUCAAACUCAGGAAAUGGACCAAAUGGACCCUGAGCUGGUGUCCAGGCCCAGUUCUUGAAAUGAAGAAUUUUACUUCAGAGAAUCCCUGUGAAAAAUUUCGUGGGGUUUUUUGUUGUUGUGGUUUGGGUUUGGGUUGUUGUUUUGUUGGGUUUUUGUGGGUUUUUUGUUUGUUUGGGGUUUUUUUGUGGUUUUUUUUCAAUUCCAGCAUGGCUUCUUUUCUCCAUCUGCUUCCAAUCAUUGCACAGCAGAUAUGGAUGGGGUUUUAAUUCACUUCCAUUUGAAGGUGGCAGUUGAAAUGUAGGGAUAUUGUGUCUUGCUCACAUGCCGACCAUGCAGUCUCUGAGGGGCUGCAGAACACACAGCUUUUUUCCCUUUUUUGUUUUUUUCUUUCCCCCUAUUUAAAACAUAAAGCUUUUUCCAGAUUUAGUGUGAUGUCUAAGGAUGCAUCUCCUUAAAAAGAAUGUCUAGGGAAUUAAUUGCACUGUUAAUUGGUGUUUAUAGAUAAUGGUGAAGCAGAAGUAUUGAAUGUAAGAACAAGAAAGCCUGUGAGUUAUAAUUACAUGCUGAAUUCUGACAUGUAAAAUUGUUGUUAGUUUGCUUCUUAUUUAAAUGAUGUGUGAUCCAAGCAGCUUUAUCACUGUGGCAGUCCUAGUACAGCUGCGAUUAUCAAUUUAGAAGACACCCAGGGUCUUUUAGAAAGAGCAAACCUGUCUAGCCAGAUCUCCUUCUGUUCUCUGAAAUGAUGACACAUUCACCUCACGAUACUCUGUAUUUUAUGACACUGCCUGGUCUAGAGCACAGGGAAGGAGUAUCAGCUUGUUGACUUUGCUGUUACUAGCCUUUGCCUAUUUUCUUAAUCACGACUAUAAUCACAGGCUAGGGCAAGCAGCUCUCAUCACACACGCCUGAGUUCUUCAGGCUGCUCUUCUCUGAAGAGCGUGACCUGCUGUGGCUCACGGCCCUGCACUCUGCGGCUCUCGCCGAGCUGCCGAUCUGCUGCCGAGUUGUGCUGAGGGAGGUAGAUAUGCAGCUGAACUGGAACCUGGUCAUGGAUUACUGUCUUAGGUCAUUCAUUGAGUUUGUAUGAUUUCAUCAUUAAUAACAAAGCUGCAAUAUAAUAUAACUGAGAGGCCACGAUGUAUUUUCUAUUGUCAUUCAGUGGGUGGGGGUUGGAGGGGCAGCCAGGUUUAAAGUUUAGCUGGUAUACUUUAAACUCUGUACAUAACCUUGGAGGAUAUGUGGGUGGUAAGGGUUCACCUGUUAUUUUGUUGGGAUUGGUAAAUUUCAGUUUGUUUUUUUAAAAUAAUAAGGUAUUUAAUUAAUGACAUUGUACAAAGAGCUAUUAAUUUAAAUGGUGCUUGCUUUUGUUCUCCUAAAACAGAUCUAUCUAAGGUUUCUUUUUGGCAAGCCUGCAGCAAUGCUGAUCAUGUUGACUUUUGUACCUUGGGGGAGUAUGUGGAAGGGGAGGGGAAAUGUUUUUCUCUUCAGACAAAUAGUGUUGCCCAUCAUUAACUUUCUGCUUGGAUAUACACCUUGAACUCCCUUUACACUGAAUUUUUAUGUGAAGUUCUCUUAAAGGGACAGAACAAGCAGAGGUUAUUCCAAAAGAUCUCAACUGUAUCAUCUUGUAAUAUAUUGCAGCUUUAUGCCAAUGAUUCCUUGCUUACCUGUACACAGUCCAUGCAUGUUUUGAACUAAUUUUGCAUUCUCCAUUUGUGGUGAGUUAUUUAGCAUUUAACCACCUUUUGUGCCAUUCAACUUGUACAGAAAACAUUUUUAUUGACGUUUUAAAGGAAGGGGGAAGAAAAGAAGAAACCCCUUCUGCUCCCUAGUUGUAGGUAGAACUCAGUUACUUAGCAAACAGAUGUAGAUGAGUGGUUGUAGUGUUAGAAAUGUUAGCUUGCUCGUGAACAAGCUUUUGAGAGUAAAUGCAUGGUCCUGUACCUCUCUUUUCUUAAUUAGCUCUUCCUUUCCUCCUGGAAAGAUUCUAUCUCUCUCCCUCUCUCUUAUUCUGUCUUUGUCUCUCUCGUGGUUGUAAAGUACAGAUUUGGGCAUAAAUAAUGAUAUACAACGAGGUUUGAAAAGCAGUUCUCAACAGGUUCUCUCGGGGAACCUCAUUUCUCACAGCGCCUUGCCUUGGCACUUUGAUUAGACUCUAACUUUCAAGGUAAAAGAGAUAGAGAUCAGUCACCUGUUGCCUCUGCUUGAACUGGGGAACAAGUUAAAUCUUUGGAAGUUUGUGUCACCAGUAAACGAUGAGAUAUUGCUGAUCUGUUGCAGCUGAGGCAUGUGGCACGUGGUGUACUGGCUGUGGCUUCCACACCUGGUUGUCCCACAUGGGACUAGUCCCACGGCCCCUGAUUUGCGGAGUUUGCACACACUUUUUGUUUUCCUGGAUACACAGUGGAAGGGGGUGGGGGAUGGUGUAUAUGAAUUAUGUUGUUAGGGAUUCUGUAGAUAACUCCUUCUCCACACUCCCAAGCUCUGAGUUGAGUACACAGGGCUUACUGUUGCAUAGCUGUGGUUCUGUUGGCAACGGAGGACAGAAAACAGUCAAAGUCUUGGAAAAGAGGGGGUCAUGCACAAAGAUGGAUUUUGUAAGAAACGGACUUUAAAAAAACCCCACAAAAUCCUGCCACAAAACCACAAAAGGUACCUAGAUUCACACUUCUUUCCCCCAUGCCUCUUCUCCCUUAACAGAAUUUCCUUUUGUUAGAAGAUUUGACUUUCUAGAAAAAAAUUCCAUUUUUGUGAGGUGUUGUGAACUGUUUUUACUACUUGUAAUAACCAUCCCAGGUCUGAAUAUUCUUGUAAUGCAAUGCCAUGCAGCAGAGAACCUGUCCACUUUAUAGCUUUGCUCUCAAUAUUUGUUAAUCAUUGUUUUCUCAUCUAAAUGUACAUUUGCAAGAUGUGUGUAAUGUCAUUUUCAAAAAAUAAAACUUGGUUUCAAUAUUUAGGCCGAUAAAAAAA